AUGGGCCGCAAGAAGAUCCAGAUUACACGGAUCGCCGAUGAACGGAAUCGCCAGGUGACGUUCACGAAGCGCAAGUUUGGGCUGAUGAAGAAGGCGUACGAGCUGUCGGUGCUGUGCGAUUGCGAGAUUGCCCUCAUCGUCUUCAACUCGACCAACAAAUUGUUCCAAUAUGCCUCCACCGACAUGGACAAGGUGCUCCUGAAAUACACGGAAUACAACGAGCCCCACGAGUCGCGCACAAAUUCUGACAUCAUGGACGCUUUGCAAAGAAAAGAGCAAAAGGGCGGUUGCGCGGGCGGAGAUUCCGACGACGAUUCGGCCGGCCCAUCAACACCCCAUCCACCACCACCAUCACUCCCCCAACAACAACAGCAGCAACAACAGCAAAACCAACAGCUCAACGGAAUUCAUCACCUCAACCGCUUCUCCUCGCCGAACUCCUCCCUGCAGUCGAUGCCCCUCUCCGGAGCCAACAUUUCCCCACCAGAACCGCCAGCCCCCCAAUCCAACGAAUUCAACCGCUUCAACUCUUUCUACCAGAACCUGUUAAUGCCUCACGGAGGGGCGUACGGAGGAGGUGGACGAGGUCCAGGUGGCUUCACCGGCUCACGCCUCGACGGCGGCUGGAAUCCGGUGCACCAGCCGUUGAAGCCGUCCGCCUACGUCAAAACGGAGCCCGACUCCCCGCCCGACAAGCGACCGCGUAUCACCGAGGCCUGGCGGCCACAGCAACAGAUUUCC